AUGAUUCCAAUAAUCUGCCUGGCGAUGCUGCUUCCUGAGGUGGUUCACUCGGCUCAGGGUCACUAUGCCCAGAAGCUUCUGAAUGACUUGAUGGAGAAUUAUUCCAGCGCCCUGCGGCCUGUCGAGGACACAGAUAGAGCCCUAAACGUCACCCUACAGAUCACCCUCUCUCAGAUCAAAGACAUGGAUGAGAGGAACCAGGUGCUGAUUGCCUACCUGUGGAUCAGGCAGACCUGGAAUGAUGCGUACCUGAAGUGGAAUAAAGAGGACUAUGACGGGCUGGAGGUGAUCCACAUCCCCAGCAGCCUGGUGUGGAGGCCCGACCUCGUCCUCUAUAACAAAGCUGACGAUGACUUCUCUGGGCCGAUGGACACCAACGUGAGGCUUCGCUACAACGGAGAGCUCACCUGGGAUGCUCCGGCCAUCACCAAGAGCUCCUGCGUGGUGGACGUCUCCUACUUCCCCUUUGACAGCCAGGAAUGCAAUCUGACUUUUGGUUCCUGGACCUACAAUGGCAACCAGGUAGACAUCAUUAUGGGCAUGGACAGCGGUGACCUGUCAGACUUUGUGGAGAAUGUGGAGUGGGAGUGCCGCGGGAUGCCGGCCACCAAGAAUGUCAUCAUGUACGGCUGCUGCUCCGACCCGUAUCCAGACAUCACCUACACGGUGCUCCUGCAGCGCCGCUCCUCCUUUUACAUCUUCAACCUCCUCCUCCCCUGCUUCCUCAUCUCGUUCUUGGCUCCUCUGGGUUUCUACCUGCCUGCAGACUCUGGGGAGAAGGUUUCCCUCGGGGUGACCGUUCUUCUGGCUCUCACUGUGUUCCAGCUAAUGGUGGCUGAGAGCAUGCCUCCAUCCGAGAGUGUGCCCCUUAUAGGCAAGUACUAUAUUGCCACUAUGACCAUGGUCACAGCCUCCACAUCUCUCACCAUCUUCAUCAUGAACAUCCACUUCUGUGGUGCAGAGGCCAAACCAGUCCCCCACUGGGCAAAAGUCCUCAUCAUUGACUACAUGUCCAAGAUUUUCUUUGUUUAUGAGGUGGGCGAGAACUGCGCCUCCCCCUCCUCCUCCUCCUCCUCCUCCUCCUCUUCUCACUUCCCCCAGGAUGACGUUCGUCACCAGCACCACAUUCACGCGAAUGGUAAACCAGGGAUUCACACUAACCAACAGGACUGGCAGAGUCACAAGUACCCCAGACCUCAGACCCCCAAGCCACAGCAUCAUCCCAGAGUGAAGGCCCAGCACCACAUCACCAGAGAAGACAGGAGCCAGCUCUCUGGCUAUGCACUGGGGAAAUAUGAAGGCUUAAACGGGAAAAUACCAUCAGAUGACUGCUGUAAAGAAGUCCAGAAGGUCCCCUGCUACUCUGAAGACAAAAAGCCUCCACCUCAAGGCCCCACUGUUACCUUUGGCCCCUGUGUGUUCUGUAGCCAUGGCAGCAGCAUCCCUGGUGUGGACACCAAGCUGGUGCGCAACGUUGAAUAUAUCGCCAACUGUUUCCGAGAGCAGAGGGCCACGUGCGCCAAAGGGGCAGAAUGGAAGAAGAUCGCGAAGGUGAUGGACAGGUUCUUCAUGUGGAUCUUCUUCGUCAUGGUUUUCCUCAUGAGCAUCCUCAUCAUUGGCAAGGCACCGUGACGAAGCAGUGAUGCCACAGUUGCUUUUUGAGUCAGCGGUCAAAAAAGAAA